CGGAGCGCGCAGGGCAGCGGCGCCAUGCCCACCAACUUCACCGUGGUGCCCGUGGAGGCGCGCGCCGACGGCGGCGUGGACGAGGCGGCCGGGCUGGCGGAGGCGCCGGGGGUCCCCGAGGGCGCGGAGCCCGACUGCCCCAGCCCGGGUGAGCGCGACCGCACCUGCCGCCGGACAAAGACGGAGGCCGGGCCUCCCGCMGGAGAUGGGAACCCCAGGGAGAGCAGCCCUUUCCUCAGCAGCGUGGAGCUGGAGAGGGAGAGUCACYUGGAAGGGAAGAACAUGGCGCUUUUUGAGGAGGAGAUGGACAGCAACCCCAUGGUGUCCUCCCUGCUGAACAAGCUGGCCAACUACACCAACCUGAGCCAGGGCGUGGUGGAGCACGAGGAGGACGAGGACAGCCGGCGGAGGGAGGCCAAGGCCCCGCGCAUGGGCACCUUCAUCGGCGUCUACCUGCCCUGCCUGCAGAACAUCCUGGGUGUCAUCCUCUUCCUGCGCCUGACGUGGAUCGUGGGCGCGGCCGGCGUGCUGGAGUCCUUCCUCAUCGUCUCCCUGUGCUGCACCUGCACGAUGCUGACCGCCAUCUCCAUGAGUGCCAUCGCUACCAACGGUGUGGUCCCAGCUGGAGGUUCGUACUACAUGAUAUCCCGCUCGCUGGGGCCUGAGUUUGGAGGGGCCGUGGGUCUCUGCUUCUACUUGGGCACCACCUUUGCAGGCGCCAUGUACAUCCUGGGCACCAUUGAGAUCUUCCUGACCUACAUCUCCCCCAGCGCGGCCGUCUUCCAGGCCACGGAGACGGGCGGCGAGGCCGCGGCGCUGCUGAACAACAUGCGCGUGUACGGCAGCUGCACGCUGGCCCUCAUGGCCAUGGUGGUCUUCGUGGGCGUGAAGUACGUCAACAAGCUGGCCCUGGUCUUCCUGGCCUGCGUGGUGCUCUCCAUCCUGGCCAUCUAUGCCGGUGUCAUCAAGACGGCCUUCGACCCGCCCGACAUCCCGGUCUGCCUCCUCGGGAACCGCACCCUGGCAAAGCGCACCUUCGAGGCCUGUGCCAAGAYGCACGUCGUCAGCAACGGCACGGUGACCACCGCGCUCUGGAGCCUCUUCUGCAACAGCUCCAGCCCCAGCGCCUCCUGCGACGAGUACUUUGUGCAGAACAAUGUCACUGAGAUCCAGGGCAUCCCUGGUGUGGCCAGCGGCGUCCUCCUGGAUAACCUGUGGAGCGCGUACUCGGACAAGGGGGCCUUUGUGGAGAAGGAGGGCGUGCCGUCCGUGCCCGUGUCCGAGGAGAGCCGGGCCAGCGGGCUGCCGUACGUCCUCACGGACAUCAUGACCUACUUCACCAUGCUCGUGGGCAUCUACUUCCCCUCCGUGACGGGUAUCAUGGCAGGAUCCAACCGUUCCGGGGACCUCAGGGACGCCCAGAAGUCCAUCCCCACGGGGACCAUCUUGGCCAUCAUCACCACGUCUUUUAUCUAUCUCUCCUGCAUAGUGCUCUUUGGGGCCUGCAUUGAAGGCGUGGUCUUGCGAGAUAAGUUUGGGGAAGCCCUGCAAGGGAACCUGGUCAUCGGCAUGCUGGCCUGGCCGUCCCCCUGGGUCAUUGUCAUCGGCUCCUUCUUCUCCACCUGUGGUGCUGGCCUGCAGAGCCUGACYGGGGCGCCCCGUCUGCUGCAGGCUAUCGCCCGUGAUGGCAUCGUCCCCUUCCUGCAGGUGUUCGGACAUGGGAAGGCCAACGGGGAGCCCACCUGGGCCCUGCUGCUCACAACCCUCAUCUGUGAAAUGGGCAUCCUCAUUGCCUCCCUGGACAGUGUGGCCCCCAUCCUGUCCAUGUUCUUCCUUAUGUGCUACAUGUUUGUGAACCUGGCCUGCGCUGUGCAGACCCUGCUGCGAACACCCAACUGGCGUCCACGCUUCAAGUACUACCACUGGACGCUGUCCUUCCUCGGCAUGAGCCUGUGCCUGGCCCUGAUGUUCAUCUGCUCCUGGUACUAUGCCCUCUUCGCCAUGCUCAUCGCCGGCUGCAUCUACAAGUACAUCGAGUACCGCGGGGCUGAGAAGGAGUGGGGAGACGGCAUCAGGGGCCUGUCCCUGAACGCUGCCCGCUACGCCCUACUGCGCCUGGAGCACGGGCCACCCCACACCAAGAACUGGAGGCCCCAGGUGUUGGUGAUGUUGAACCUGGACGCUCAGCGCUGUGUGAAGCACCCCCGCCUGCUGUCCUUCGCCUCACAGCUGAAGGCCGGCAAGGGCCUCACCAUCGUGGGCUCAGUGCUGGAGGGCACCUACCUGGACCAGCACCUGGAGGCCCAGCAGGCUGAGGAGAACAUCCGGUUCCUGAUGGGCCUGGAGAAGACCAAGGGCUUCUGCCAGCUGGUGGUGUCCUCCAACCUGCGGGACGGCAUGUCGCACCUGAUCCAGUCGGCAGGCCUGGGGGGCAUGAAGCACAACACGGUGCUCAUGGCCUGGCCCGGGUCCUGGAAGCAGGAGGACAACCCUUUCUCCUGGAAGAACUUUGUCGACACUGUCCGUGACACCACAGCGGCCCAGCAGGCCUUGCUGGUAGCCAAGAACAUCGACUUGUUCCCGCAAAACCAGGAACGCUUCAGUGAGGGAAGCAUUGACGUGUGGUGGAUAGUGCAUGACGGGGGCAUGCUCAUGCUGCUGCCCUUCCUACUGCGCCAGCACAAGGUGUGGCGGAAGUGCCGGAUGCGCAUCUUCACAGUGGCCCAGGUGGACGACAACAGCAUCCAGAUGAAGAAGGACCUGCAGGUGUUCCUGUACCACCUGAGGAUCAGCGCCGAGGUGGAGGUGGUGGAGAUGGUUGAGAACGACAUCUCUGCGUUCACCUAUGAGAAGACCCUGGUGAUGGAGCAGAGGUCCCAGAUGCUGAAGCAGAUGCAGCUCUCCAAGAACGAGCGGGAGAGAGAGGCCCAGCUGAUCCACGACAGGAACACUGCGUCCCAUGCCGCAGCGGCCACCAGGCCCCAGGCCCUGUCGGUGCCCGACAAGGUGCAGAUGACCUGGACGAAGGAGAAGCUGAUUGCGGAGAAGCACAGGAACAAGGAGGCCAGCACCCCUGGGUUCAAGGACCUCUUCAGCCUGAAGCCAGAAUGGGGAAACCUGGACCAGUCCAACGUCAGGAGGAUGCACACGGCCGUGAAGCUCAAUGGUGUCGUCCUCAACAAGUCCCAGGACGCCCAGCUGGUCCUGCUGAACAUGCCGGGGCCCCCCAAAAACCGGCAGGGGGAUGAGAACUACAUGGAGUUUCUCGAGGUCUUGACCGAGGGGCUGAACAGGGUGCUUCUGGUCAGGGGCGGUGGCCGGGAGGUCAUCACCAUCUACUCCUAGGCCUGAUGACGGUGGGCAUGCCAGAUGGGGUGAGGACGGUGCCAGCCCAGCUCAGACUGACAGAUGUCGCUCAGGCCACCUGACCUGCUGGACCUGGCUUCCUACAGAAGUUUCUAGAGCCACCACCUGGGCUCCCUCCACACAGAAGACAUUCUAGGAAGUGCUGAGAGGGGCCGCAAGUGACUGGAGAGCCCCCUGUAUCCGUCCAGGGCAGAGCUCCAUGUACCCAGCAACCUGGGAUUGACCACUGUCCACUGCCCAGCCUCAGCCAGACUGUGACUUCGCAUGUCAUGGACACCCCACACAGAACACUUAUGACAGAGCAUACUUGUCCCCUGGGCCAAGGGCAGAAUGUCAGUGUGGCUCCSUGCCUCCCAUGAACAGCUGGGCCAGUGCACACUGGGCAGGGUGCUGGACAGAGCCUGUGUCCCGGUGGAGGUGUGAGUGCCAGCUGCGUCCCUUCUGGGCUCCCCCAGGGGGUCCCAGCUGCUCUUCCUAAGCACCCACAGGGCCUUGCCAGUGUGCGCCUGCUGCCCUGAGUGGCCAGCAGUGGGGGUAUGCAGGGACCUAAGAGCYGGGAACCCUGCACAUGGCCCACGUGCAGAGUGGAGUGCCGUCCCACCCCUUGCCCUCUGAAGGAGAAGGCAGCCUCAGCUGGACGAGCCCCCUGCUGGGCGUGGUKAGGCAGCAACAGCUGGGCACCCUCACCACCUGCUGCUGGUUUGCACUUUACCUUGAGCUUUCCGAUUCUAGGUCAGUUGUGUUUGCAGGCUGUGGGCUCACUUGGCCUUGCUGGCCUCGCUGUCCACUGCGUGGGUUAUUUAUUUAUUUAAACACCCUGGGGCCUUCUGGGGAUGACCCCACUGUCCACAGAGCCUGCUUCCUCGGAGGUCCCACACCCAGGCCCUGGGYUGCCUCUGGCUUCCAGGGCUCCCUAGCGAAUAAGCCCGUCCACAGAGUCCAGGUCAGGGCAAAGGCACUGUAGGGCACAGGGGGGGUCAGCUCGCCAGUGACCACUGUUCGGCUCAUGUCCCACACAGGCAGUGGGCCUGCCUGGACUGAGCCGAGCCGUGUGGAAGGCCCCUGCCUCGUCCCAGGAAGGGCCUGGGGAGCCGGGCUGCAGCUCUGCCCCAGCCGGCUUUUCCUUUGUGAACCUGCCUUGUCACUGCAGCCAUCCAAAAUCGACUUCAUGGUUUCCUUUUAUAGAUCCCUUG